AUGCAUGGCCCACCGAUCGCGGGGAACGGAUCCCCGGAGGACCUGGGGGUCGCCGACCGCGCUGGCACCCACACCACCCUUACCACCUCCCCGGUCACCACCACCGCCGUCGUCGCCCGGGACGGGUCCAGCCCCGCCGCUCACGAAGGAGGGAAGACUCGCUCGCACGCCGACCGAAGGGAAAGCAGAGCGCGGGCAGAGCGGGCUGGUGGGCGGCCGAGGAGCGCGCGGCAAGCGGGAGCGGGGACGCCGGGAGCGCGGCCGGCGGGCGGGCAGGCGGGCGCCGGCGCUUUGGGGAGGUGGGGCGACGGAAAGAGUCGCAGUCCCCGGCCCGGUCGCCUCCACCACCGCCACCGCCACCGCCGCCUCGCUGUGCACCACCCCGGUGCCGGCCUGCGCCUGGAAACCCGAGCGUCGGCCCCCCCACCCCCCGGGACUCUCCAAGCCCGCGCGGAUGUGAGACUCUGGGCUUCCCGGUUCCUCGCCAUCUCCGGCUGGGGCGCGCGCCGCACCUACUGCUUCGCCCGGAGAGGGCAGAGGGGGGCCGCUGGGGAAAGGCUGACUGUGCGGCUCUUGGAUAUAUAUCGAUAUCUCUCGAUCUCUAUAUUUUGCAAAAUUUGGCUCGGAGGGAGGACCGUUUCCUCUCGACAUGCAUCCCUCCGGAUAGACUGCACAUCCUUCGGUCCUCCUCCACCACCGUCACCACCACCACCACCACCACCACCACCACCACCACCAACCCCCACGCCCUGCGCGGUCCCCGGCAGGCGCUGCGGUGGGCGAAGAAGAGAAUCCGGGUUGAAAUCUGUGCGGCUCUUCCCCCCCCCCCACUCCACCCCCCAGCUCUUGUCCCCGCCCCGUCCCGCCGCCCCCUCCUCCUCUCGGAGGCGAAAUUUCCCGGGGAUUAUGUUUCGGAAAGGAGCCCGGCGAGGAAAUACAUACAGUCACCAAGAAUCGCCGGCGCCAGGGCGCAACGCCACAAGGUGUAGUGGGGUGAGGCGACGUGGGGGACCCUGGAUUCCCCGUGGCUCUGAGCUGCCGACGUCCGUUCUUCAUUGCUGCCUUCGGAGCGGGACGGAGUGA